GUAUCUUUCUUUGCGGGAAGCGCCGAGUCUCCCACUUUCCAUACAUCUGCAUCGGUCGUAGUCCACGAUGGACAAGACAGUUGUUGACUGCGUUUUUAACGCUCUAGAUAGUCUCGGCGCAGACGAUUACACGCGAUUUAAGCGGAAAUUGUGCGACACGAGAAAAAUCAGGUAUGGCCAAAUUGAGAAUGCGAAUAAAAUAGACGUCGCACAAAAAAUAGUCAGUACAUUUACCAAAGCUGGAGCCCUGAGCCGGACUGCGGACGUGCUGAGAGCCAUUGGCCUGAACGACGAUGCAGAUGCGCUGGAGGAGGAAGGUACCGAAGUCUCCGGUGCUGUAGGGAGGGAAGUCAGUUCGGGAGAUAGGCGAGAGAGGGGCGGGACUUCAAGCAACGCGGCAAAUGGGCAACAUUUUGUUGACAGGAACAUGAGCGACCUGAUCAACAGGGUCACCACCGUUGCACCGAUUUUAGACCAGCUUCUUCAGAGUGGAUUCAUAAAGCAUGAAAUGUACUCCAGCAUUUAUAAUGAGAAAAACUCCUGUGACCAAAUGAGGACCCUAAUGCUCAAAGUCAUCAUGCCUGGUGGCAACCGAGCCAAAGACGAGCUCUGCAGGAUAUUAGAGAAAGAACAGAAAUAUAUAAUGGAGGAGCUGAAAGGACAGUGAGACAGGUUUAUAUGUGUAAGGUAACCCUGUCUCAAACCAGGCUUUCUUGUACUGUUUAUAAGCAUUUUAUUUUUGCCACACUUUGCCUUAAUCUGUUUAUUAUAACAGUCACUGAGACUGUUAAUUCCUUUUAUUUGCCAGAUUACUUAACCUAAAUGCUAGCAAAUAGCUCUGUGCUGAAGAAAGUUGCCCCAUAAAAUAUGGUAAAAAUCCCUUCAGGUGAAGUUCUUCUGGGAAAAUAUUGGCAUUGAUACUGAAACAUUGUUUACAAAAGGAAAGUUUGUCUCAUUUUAACAAGUCUUAGGUGAUUAAUGCAUGCAACACGCUCUGCAUGUGUUACUAGAAGACUGUCUUGUAAAUUUGGAGUCAGUCUUGAUUUGAUACCGUCUAUAUGGGUUAAUCUGGGUCGGCUCAACAAAUAAAAUGUGACAUUGUAGAUAGAUACAGGCUAUUGUGGAGAUCUGUUACACAUACAAGGUACAGCAGAGAUGUGUAUGUAACCACAUUGAAACUUUCAGACCACAAAACAAAAUUUGUUACCUGAAGACCGAAAUGGUCUGUAAAAUAAUUAAACAAAAAAUUCCAACCUCUAUUUUGGGAAUUCAUUGUGAAAGUGAGCUGCACUCAGUAUGCAAAUGACUAUGUUAAUAACACUAAGACAAGUUUGUGUUUAUGGAUUAAAACAUGGUUCGGACCAGCUCUUUCUCAAAUUGAUCUUUUCUGUUUCUGAAUAAAGAAAUUCAUGUAUUCGA